UAAUCCCCCACACCACCCUUAACUUAGCCUUGUGAACUUCCUCCAUUUCUCAGACAACAAAUGUCUCAAAUCAAUGAAAAAUCACCUCAACACUGUGCCAAAAGAAAACUCAUAAACAUCAACAAGUAUCACAAGAGAUUACUCUAUACAUUCACCACUUUCAUCCUCUCAAUCUUCUUACUCAUACUUCUUGUAUGGUUUAUACUCCACCCCACCAAGCCAGAGUUCUCCCUCAAAGAAGCUGAUGUUUACAAACUCGCCCUCUCGGGAUAUCAUCUCCUCAAUUCAUCCAUUCAGAUCACACUUCUCUCGAACAACCCGAAUCAGAAAGUGGGUAUUUACUAUGAUGAAAUCGAAGUUUAUGCUUCCUACAAGGGCCAACAGAUAACUCUUGAUUCAUCUGUCCCUCCGUUUUACCAAGACCAUAAAGACAGCAAUCUUCUAUCUACGGUUUUAGUUGCAAAUGGGUUACCUGUGGAUUCAUCUUUCAGUUACGAAGUGGGUCGUGAUCAGAUGGCCGGAAGAUUGGUUUUAAAUCUCAAGGCAAAUGGACAACUCCGAUGGAAGGUUGGAACUUGGGUUUCCGGCAGGUAUCGGUUUAAUGUAAAUUGUCUUGCUGUUUUGUCUUUUGGUCCAUCUGUGCCUGCAGGUCCAUUGACUUCUAAGCAAGGGACUCGGUGUUCUACCACAGUUUGACCACCAAAUACCAUCAACUAAGGUGUUCCAUAAGCAUACAUAUAGCUUGGAUUUGAUUUCGGAAUGAUGGUUUUUCUUCAUUAAAUAUGUAAAUUUGUAGUUAAGCGAUUUCUUGGUUUCUACAUCUUAUCGUCUCUUCUUUUUCUCUCAACCUGAUAUAAUGAAAUAGUUUCUCUUUCAUAUAUAAUAGUGGAUUCUAGCUUUUG